GGCGAUUCCCAUUCCUAUUUACCACGAUUAACAUUUGGAUAUUUACCGAUCGUCCAAUGAUCCUGUGAUCGGCUAGCAUUUGCCAUCGAUGCGAGCAAUGUACUUAUCUUCCCUUGAUUGCUAGGAAUUUCCCGUCCAAGAUAAUUGAGCAUUCUUGAUCCCAAAAUAACCCACCCCCGGCCAAGCAUACCUCCAGCGAUCCAUCGGGGUCGAGACGACAUCUGGCUUCCUACCGGCCACCGUUCCUCCAGAUCUUGUUGCAGCUGUCAUUGCGGUUAUCUGGUGAAAGCCUGACAUCUCCCAAGACAGCAAUCUCGAGGUUCCAACCUCACUGGCAACAUGGCUGGAACUGCUCCGUCGUCCGGACGCACGCCGUCACAUGCCCAGUCCUCACUACCGUCGCUACCUUCCCAUCUACAAUCAGACACCCACUUGACCGCACACCUUGCCAGCCGCUUCCAUGUGGGCUUACCGACAGCCCGCCUGUCCUCCCAGGCAUUGAUCAGCCUUAACACCUAUACGUCGUCAGCCCGAGGUCCUGAUGGCGACAAGGAAGGCAGUGCCAUGGGAGAGGCGGAGGACCUCGCUAGACGUGCCUUUACUCGCCUAGGUGCCCGUGGAGAAAACCAGGCUGUCGUGUUUCUUGGUGAAAGCGGGUCUGGAAAGACCACCAUUCGUUCACACCUGUUGUCCUCCUUUCUCUCCUUCUCCUCUACCCCGUUGUCUUCGAAGCUAUCAUAUGCUGCAUUCGUCUUCGACACCUUGACCACGACCAAGUCGGUGACCACACCGACUGCAUCUAAGGCUGGGCUGUUCCUGGAGCUACAAUAUGAUGGGUCAUCCUCUGUCAACCCCACCUUGAUCGGUGGUAAGAUCAUCGACCACAGACUGGAGCGCAGUCGCAUCGCGUCUGUGCCUACAGGAGAGCGAAGCUUCCACGUGCUCUACUACCUUCUAGCCGGCACGAGCGCUGCAGAGAAACAGCACCUGGGCUUCGACAACUCAAUCCACGUAUCAACCGCUGGCGGUAAGCUUUCAUCGGCCUCGAUAGGCCAUAAGAGAUGGAGAUACCUAGGCCACCCGACUCAACUCAAGGUUGGCAUCAACGAUGCCGAUGGUUUCCAGCAUUUCAAGACUGCGCUUAGGAAACUCGAAUUCCCGCGCAGUGAGAUAGCCGAACUUUGUCAGGUCCUGGCUACCAUUCUUCACCUUGGUCAACUGGACUUUAUUAGUGGCCAAGCCACUACUACCUCGGCGGAAGAAUCCGGAGGUUUUUCCCAUGAGGGUGGCGAGUUGGUUACCGUCGUCAAGAAUAAGGAUGUUCUUUCCAUCAUCGCUGCCUUCUUGGGCUUGGGGGUUGAGCAACUUGAGGCCAGUUUCGGGUAUCGGACAAAGACGAUUCACCGGGAACGGGUGACGGUUAUGCUCGAUCCGAAGGGCGCACGGCAGAACGCUGACGAGCUUGCUCGCACUCUGUAUUCCCUCCUGGUGGCCUAUAUUAUUGAGGGUAUCAAUCAGAGAAUUUGUGCGGCUGAAGAUAGUGUAGCCAACACCGUCUCUAUCGUUGACUUUCCAGGAUUCUCUCAGACCAGUGCCACUGGCUCAACGUUGGACCAGCUCCUAAGCAAUGCGGCCACGGAGUCCCUGUACAAUUUCUGCUUACAGUCAUUCUUCGAUCGGAAAGCUGAGAUGCUGGAACGUGAAGAAGUUUCUGUCCCUGCAACAAGCUACUUUGACAACAGUGACGCCGUUCGUGGUCUCUUGAAAUCUGGAAAUGGCCUGCUCAGCAUCCUCGAUGAUCAGACGAGGCGUGGACGGACUGACUCUCAAUUCCUCGAGUCCGUUAAGAAACGAUUCGAGAAUAAGAACCCCGCCAUUACUGUUGGCGGUGCAGGCCAAGGAACCUCCCUGAUCUCCCAGGGUGCUCGGUCCUCGUUUACUGUGAAACAUUUCGCUGGUGAGAUCGAUUAUCCUGCGAAUGGUUUGAUAGAGGAGAACGGCGACGUUAUCUCCGGGGACCUAAUGAACCUCAUGAGGUCCACGAGUAGCGACUUCGUGCGCGAGCUGUUCGGGCAGGAAGCUUUGCAAACAGUGACCCAUCCUCAGGAGAAGACCGCCAUCAUGCAGGCGCAAGUAAGCUCCAAGCCCAUGCGAAUGCCCAGCAUGGCUAGACGAAAGUCUGGGCCAUCCCGGCUAGCUUUUGAUGCGCCUGGGGCAGAUGAUCAAGACGAAUACGAGAGUCAAGCAGGGAGCACGACAAAAAGUUCAGGGAGGCGGAAGAAUACAAUGAUGGCUAGCGGCAUUCAAGGUGCCGCUGGCCAGUUCCUCUCCUCGUUGGACAUUGUAAGCAAAUGCUUAGGCUCCCCCAAUCUGAAUCCUUACUUUGUGUUCUGCCUCAAGCCCAACGAUCGCCGGAUUGCGAACCAAUUUGACAGCAAAUGCGUGCGAGCACAGGUGCAAACCCUGGGCAUCGCUGAGAUCAGUCAACGGCUCAGAAAUGCCGAUUUCAGCAUCUUCCUCCCGUUUGCUGAGUUUCUGGGUCUGGCUGAGAUCGGCAACGUUGUGGUAGGGAGCGACAGAGAGAAGUCGGAGGUUGUCUUGGACGAAAAACGCUGGCCAGGAAAUGAAGCCAGGGUAGGCAGCACAGGUGUCUUUCUCAGCGAGCGCUGCUGGGCCGAUCUCGCCAAGCUAGGCGAGCGUGUUGUCCCUGUCUAUGCUGCGGAUGGCUCUGAUGAAGGAGGCGAUGGUCUACUUCAUCCGCGGGCUGCAGGCUACACGGAUUCAAAAGUCCGACUUCUUGGCCCAACCGACCAAUCCCCUGGUGGCUUCAUCUACGGCGAGGAAGGCAAACAAGGAUAUUCCAGCAGCCGUGAGUUCGACGGACGCUCAGAGGCCGGUGCCUCGGCGUUCAAUUCGGGCGACAUGUUCCGCAAUCUGGAUACACGAGAACAGAUGCUGGAAAAGGGCAAUGAAAAGAAGAUGGAGGAGGUGGACGAGGCGCCUGUUUCUGGUAGUCGCAAACGCUGGAUGGCGAUUGUCUAUCUGCUCACGUUCUUCAUUCCGGAUUUCUUGAUCAAGACGUGCGGACGCAUGCCGCGCAAAGAUGUCCGAAUCGCCUGGCGUGAGAAGCUUGCGAUCAACCUGAUCAUCUGGUUCAGUUGUGCUUUUGCUAUCUUUUUUAUUGUCGCAUUCCCCGGCUUGAUUUGUCCCACACAGCAUGUCUAUUCCUCGGGCGAGCUGAGCUCACAUAAUGGCAAGGAUGGCCAUAGUUCCUACGUUGCCAUUCGCGGUAUCGUCUUUAAUCUCGGCAAAUUCAUGCCUUCGCACUACCCCGAUAUCGUGCCGGAGUCGUCGCUCAAGAGAUAUGCUGGCACUGAUGCCACCGGUCUCUUUCCAGUGCAGGUUUCCGCUCUUUGCCCAGGCAAAGACGGAUCGAUUGAUCCCACGGUGCUUCUGGACUACAAAUCGACCAACAUCUCCGGGUCCGCCACCACCGUUAGCACGUCCGAUACCAACUGGGUCUACCAUGACUUCCGCUAUUUCACUAACGAAUCCCGCCCUGACUGGUUCCAGGAGCAGAUGAUCAUGCUCAAAGCGAAUUAUUUCAAGGGAUGGGUCGGCUACACUCCGAAGUAUCUGACCCAGUUGGGGGAUAAGUCACAAUAUAUCGGAAGUAUCAAUGGGAGAGUAUAUGACCUGACCACAUAUAUAGCUGGAGGCAGGAGAGUGCAAGCUCCUGUUGGGCAAUCGGUCCCUACUAAUGUCGAUCGGGACUUCAUGGAUGAUCUGGUUGUGGAACUCUUUCAACGACUUCCGGGCCAGGACCUGACGCGAUACUGGGAAGAUCUGCAAAUUGACACCGUGAUGCGCGAACGUAUGCAACUAUGCUUGGACAAUCUCUUCUUUGUCGGCCAUGUGGAUACGCGUAACUCGCCCCGGUGUCUGUUUGCCCGUUACUUCAUCCUUGCGAUCUCAAUCUUUAUCUGUCUGAUUGUCGUCGUCAAAUUCCUUGCGGCCCUGCAAUUCUCGAAGAAGAACCUGCCAGAGAACCUUGACAAAUUCAUCAUUUGCCAAGUCCCGGCCUACACCGAGGACGAGGAUUCUCUUCGUCGUGCUAUUGACUCGAUGGCUCGCAUGCGCUAUGAUGACAAGCGCAAGUUGCUUGUGGUUAUCUGUGAUGGUAUGAUUAUCGGACAAGGAAACGAUCGUCCCACCCCAAGAAUUGUCUUGGAUAUUCUCGGUGUGCCGGAAUCGGUUGACCCUGAGCCGUUGAGCUUUGAGAGUUUGGGCGAGGGCAUGAAACAGCACAACAUGGGUAAGAUCUACUCGGGUCUGUAUGAGGUCCAAGGUCAUAUCGUUCCUUUCAUGGUGGUGGUCAAGGUUGGCAAGCCCUCCGAGGUCGCUCGCCCCGGUAACAGAGGAAAGCGUGAUUCUCAGAUGGUCCUCAUGCGGUUCCUCAACCGUGUCCAUUACAACUACCCCAUGAGCCCUAUGGAACUGGAGAUGUAUCACCAAAUCCGCAACAUCAUCGGUGUCAAUCCUACUUUCUACGAGUUCAUUCUACAGGUCGAUGCCGAUACAGUGGUCGCUCCUGAUGCAGCGACACGGAUGGUGUCAACUCUGCUGGCCGAUACUCGCAUCCUGGGACUCUGUGGCGAAACCGCCCUUUCGAACGCCAAAACGUCGGCGGUGACCAUGAUCCAAGUCUACGAAUACUAUAUCUCCCACAAUCUCAUCAAGGCUUUCGAGAAUCUCUUCGGGUCAAUCACCUGUUUGCCGGGCUGUUUCACCAUGUAUCGCAUCCGCUCUGCCGAGAGCGGAAAGCCUCUGUUCGUCAGCAAAGAGAUCAUCGAGGCCUACUCGGAAAUUCGUGUCGACACCCUUCACAUGAAGAACUUGCUGCACCUAGGUGAAGAUCGUUAUCUGACUACCCUGCUACUCAAGCACCAUCCCAAAUUCAAGACCAAGUACAUCGCAGCCGCUAAAGCGUUCACCAUUGCCCCGGAAAGUUUCGCCGUGUUCCUAUCGCAACGUCGUCGGUGGAUUAAUUCCACUGUCCACAAUCUAAUCGAACUGAUACCGUUGGAACAGCUUUGCGGUUUCUGUUGCUUUAGUAUGCGCUUUAUUGUGUUUGUGGAUCUUAUCAGUACUGUUAUUCAGCCUGUGACGGUCGCUUACAUUGUCUACUUGAUCUACUGGCUCAUCCACGACACGUCAACGAUUCCGUGGACCGCGUUCGUGCUUCUGGCCGCAAUCUACGGUCUGCAGGCACUCAUCUUCCUCUUCCGGCGGAAGUGGGACAUGAUCGGAUGGAUGAUCAUCUACAUCCUGGGUAUCCCCAUCUCUUCUCUGGCCCUCCCCUUGUACUCAUUCUGGCAUAUGGACGAUUUCUCCUGGGGAAACACACGUGUUAUCACCGGAGAAGCAGGUCGCAAGGUCAUUAUUUCCGAUGAAGGCAAGUUCGAUCCGGCAUCCAUCCCUAAGAAGACGUGGGAUGAGUACCAGGCGGAACUUUGGGAGGCCCAGACUUCGCGAGACGAUCGUUCGGAAGUUUCUGGCUUCUCUUACGGCACCAAGUCCUAUCACCCGAUGCAAUCGGAGUACGGAUUCCCCGCUUCGAGACCAGUGUCCCAGUUCAACCUCCCCCGUUAUUCAUCCCGCCUGUCCUUGGCUCCUUCGGACAUGAUGAGCCGGAAUAUGGAGAUGGAGAUGGAGGAUCUGUCCCAUCUGCCCACUGACGAUGCCAUUUUGUCGGAGAUCCGUGAAAUCCUUCGGACCGCAGACUUGAUGACGGUGACCAAGAAGAGCAUCAAGCUGGAGCUAGAGAGGCGCUUCGGUGUCGCCCUUGACGCUAAGCGUCCCUACAUCAACUCAGCCACCGAAGCUAUUCUCGCCGGUAACCUCUAAAUUGGUCGCCUUGGGGCUCCACUCAAGUUACACGCUGCUCCUCGCGAAGGACAGAUCCAACAACCGACGCAAUCAGCGAGAUAGUCCUCCCCCACUUGACAUGAUUAAAAUCACCCUACCCUCUACUCCCAACUCUGUCCAUGACAUCCAUGACGAUUACACCAUCAUCUUCAUCCACUCCUUCCUUCCACCUCCUCAACCUCACUUCGAGAUGCAUGUUCCUCCCCAACGGUAAUCAACGAAGGUCUUUGUUUUUGUUGUUGUUGUUUCAUUAGCUAUGCUAGCAGCCUGGGCGUGGAGCUGUACAUUAUCAUAUCAUUGUUCUAAUUUGCCCUGUUUUUUCCCUCAUUGCAUCUG